AUGACACACCCAGAGCUCGAGGAGGACUUCAACAAAGCAGAGGAAGAACGGCGUGAAAAAGACAAGGCUGACGUGGAGAAACAAGCCAAAAAGAAGACGGAAGAUGAAGUCCACCAUGCUCAGAUUGAACAUGAUAUUAAGUCGAAGACAUUUGACGCACUCUCAACACUCCGGCGCAAGGAUGAUUUUAUCACACUCGCUGGCACUCUCAAGAUUUUGAGAGAUGGAACAGUUGAGGAACUCAGGACUAGAAUCAAAGAGUUUCUUGCUGACAAUCCACGUUUUGCUGCACUCUUCCAGACGGGAAAAACAUGUUCGAAGAAUUCGGCCACUGCAUCAUCAACCGGACAGGCCAGUAGUAGCACCUCCAAGUCACAGGUCAAUGGCGUCGCCACCUCAUCCAACACCUCUGGUAAUCAUUUUUUCACUGCUCCCACACAUUCUUUCAAUUCAGCUUAUCCUCCACAUUUUACCAAUCAGCCAUAUUUUCCUCAAUUCUAUGCUAAUCCAGCUCUCUAUGCACCAUCUUACUCUACAACACAGCAUAACUUUAAUCCAUCCGGCAGUCCAAUUGCAUCAUCAUCGAACUUAGAUAGACAACCUCAGCAUCCACAUAAUGUACAUGGUCUCCCUACACAUCCCCCGCAAUUUUACAACUACAGCACUAAUCACAGUCACCCUCGCACUUAGACUCUACUAGUAAAUAUUGUACUCGCUUGCUUAGUACGCCGAAUACUAACUGACCUUGCACUCUUGCUUGACUGCCAAGCUGACUUUGAAACCAGCCUAUGUGACAUGUCGUGACUUACAGUGACAUUUGCGUGACUGCCGACUUCUGGGGGUGCUGAGUGUACGGGAACAGAUAGUACAAACAUUUUGUUCCAGCCGCUGGUGGAGAGGUUGGGUGGAUA